AUGUCAAACACACAACCACAUUUCGCGAACAGCGCCUGCAAGCUGAACUCGAGCGGUGCCAAACCCAUUCGAGGGCAAACAGCGAUGACUGUCGAGACAGAAGCGACAACGAUCAAGGCGAAAGCGAUGACGAAAGGGACGCCGAAAAUCCUAUUGACACAACAAGGAAGACUGGAGCUCCCAAAGGGCAUUUCUGUCCAUCCUGUAACCGAGCAAAACCAUUUCCGAAAAUGCAGGGGCUCCGGCGGCAUUUUCAACAGCGCAAGUGCUAUCUUCUCCGAUACACUGCUUGCUAUUAAUUUUCAUACAGAUGUCACAUGUGAGGAAGUGUGCGUGUGCUGCUUCAAAGUUUUCCGGCUCGUGAGCGAGUUCGUUAGACAUGCUGCUAAACAUAAUGGAACAUGCGAAAGAAAAUGGACCUUCAUCAGGAAAACAUCCGAUGAACUACGCGAAAAAUCCGACAAACAACUAGCUCUCGCAAUGAGCCAGUAUUCAUCGAGAGUUGUCGUGGGGAAGAAACGGAAAUGGGAUGUGGCAAAUCUGGGCUUCGAUAUUUCGGGAGCUCGAGCUGAGACCGACAGGAUUGGUAUGACGGCUUUGGACAAAAGUUUUUGCUAUAUCAAUGAGGGUGAUAGUCUUCACCAGCUCCAUUCGGCUCGCAUUGAACUAUCUGCAGCCCCAAACCCGACGCAGUCGCCUAUAACAUUACCCCGGCUGGCCAUCAUGGCCGACCCUAUCAAUCCUAGCAGCACUCCGAGCAUGUUCGCGGAGGAAAUAUACUUCAACCCGGCAGAAGGUCAAAACCAAGGUCUUGACUUGUUACAGGAUUUUGAUGCUCCUAUCCUUCAGAUUAUGAACAGUAUCCCUGCAUUGACGACCGGAUGGGCGGCACAAGACGAUAUUGUAGAUAUGACCACAGAAAUUGCAGCCUACCAAGAACAAUGA